CGUGCUGAGCUGAAUCCGAGCAUACCCGCCGUAACUCCGCGGUUGUUUCCCCCUGUUGUGCCUUAUUGCUCUGCUUCUGCAAUAGGUUCUUUCUCAUUUAUCUCCCCCCCCCCCGGUGACGCAUCGAAAUCGACAAGUGGGAGCAGCUUGCGGGGACGCCGCCAGCAGGAGCAGACAUGGGGAAAUCCUUUUCAUUACCUUCCCAUUUAUCUAGAGAAGAUGGAAGUUCAUCUGACAAUAUGAAGAAUUGCUUGGUGCAUUCAGAAUCACACAGCGAAGAUGGAAGAGGUGGAGAUGUGUCGCAAUUUCCAUAUGUUGAAUUUACAGGAAGGGAUAGUGUCACGUGUCCCACAUGUCAGGGAACAGGGAGAAUCCCACGAGGACAAGAAAACCAGCUGGUUGCCUUGAUUCCAUACAGUGAUCAAAGACUGAGACCAAGAAGAACAAAGCUCUACGUGACUGCUUCUGUAAUCGUAUGCUUACUGCUUUCUGGGCUGGCAGUAUUUUUCUUAUUUCCUCGCUCUAUUGAUGUGGAAUACAUUGGAGUCAAGUCGGUUUAUGUCAGCUAUGAAGCACCGAGGCAUGUCAUAUAUUUAAAUAUUACGAAUACAUUGAACAUAACGAACAACAAUUACUAUGCUGUUGAAGUGGCAAACAUUACAGCCCAGGUACAGCUUUCAAAGACUGUUAUUGGGAAAGCACGGCUGAACAACAUUACUCACAUUGGCCCACUAGAUAUGAAACAGAUUGAUUACAUGGUACCUGCAAUUAUACAAGAUGAAAUGAGCUACAUAUUUGAAUUUUGUACCCUGCCCUCUAUCAAAGUGCAUAACAUAGUCGUAAUGAUGCAAUUGACUGUGACAACCUCUUACUUUGGCCAUUCUGAACAAAUAUCUCAGGAGAGAUACCAGUAUGUUGAUUGUGGUGGAAACACGACUUAUCAUCAGGGACAGACAGAAUAUCUAAAUGUCCUCCAGCCACCCCAAUAAAAACAACAGUUAAGGCUUACAUGGAGGAAGAAGAUGGCUGUUGGUUCAUCAGUACUGAACUUUGAUCAUAUUUGGUACUACAACUUAAUAGGGUAUAUGGGUGUAUGUAUAUAGUUUAGCUGUUCUAAAUGCUUUGAGACAUGAGAAGAAAAAGAGCAAAUUGUAUAUUAUCAGAAAUGAGAACUCUUUCCUCCACUUUUAAUGUGUAAUUAUUCUGUCAGAGUGCAGGAAGAAAAUGAAUCUUAGAUCAGUGAACCUGUAAUUUUCAUACAUGGAUUUGCAACAUCAGCGUGCAGCCACAUAAUUAUAUAAAAGACACUUGGUCACUAACAAGUAUUAUCUUUGAAAACAAGUUGAUUACAAAAUGGUUAUUUUAGUUAUGAUUAUUUCAUUCAGAUGAAAGCCUAUACCUCUGAUGUUUAGCUGUGUUAAGGUAUUAUUUUAUUUGCAUUAUCUAUAUGCUACCUUAUAAGGUUCUUGAGGCAGUGUACAAUAAUAAAACAACCAAUAAAAGUCCAUUCAAGCCAACAAAACAUAAAACGAUAAAAACAGGGACUAUUAUGAUUUAAAAUCAUUUGGCAGCAAACAAAAAUAGGAUAUAUCUAAAUGUGGUUAAUUUAAAAUUAAUGCAGUAGCAACAAAACCCAAGCAAUCAAUUAUUAAAGAAAUAAAACCAGCCAUACACAGAUGGGGGGAAACCCUGGUCAUAAAUGGCUUGGAUACUAAAAAGCAUUUUAACUGAUGCCUAGAAUUGAGUGCCAGAUGUAGUGGGGAGGGAAUCCUAAAAACAAGGUGGCGUUGCUUGAAAGGCUGUUUUCCUUAUGACCAUGCAUCUGAUUUUGCAAAUGAAGAGUACUAACCAGAUGCUGAUAUUAGAAGCUAAUAAUUGCUUUCACAACCAUACACCAGUUUUUGCUGUACCAGAAUUUUCUUACAGAUUCUGUUACAGGUGAAAACUUGACACAGCCUUAUUUCCACAAACCUUUCUGAUCUGCCUGCAGUCUGUUAGUAGUCUGGAGAUGUAAAUACCGUGUUAUAUAUAUCUACAGAAUAAUGAAUGCAGGAUAGGAGGCAACAGAACAAAAUAGAGUUUGCCUGUAAUGUAUAAAUUUUUAUGUUGGGGGAAAAAGCCCAAUAUAUACAAAUCUUUGCCGUAGUGAAAAGUGAAACAUUAUUUUAUAUAUUUAAUAUGAUUGCCAUAAUGCUUCAAAUUUUGUUUCUGUUUUAAGAUUCCUUAAUUGCCACCAGGGUAAUACCUGACUGUAGACUCUUGACAGCUUUAAGGGAAUUCGGAGUCAAAAUUUAGCAUGCCCCCACCACCACCACUAUACUUACCUUUUUUUCACUUUUCAGGUAUGGGAAUUGAUCUAGAACAAAGACAAAAUUGUCCUUUAAAAGCUCACAUAACAUGAGGUUGGUUGGAGCUACAGUAUAAUUACACUUGGCAUUAUCUUAGUACUGAACUGAAUAGGGAGGUCACUGGUGUGGUGCUAGGGCCGUUUGACUUACUUCCUCCCAUGCUAGUCCAGGAAGUGUUGAAAGGAAACUGUUGUGUGGUUAGACCAGCAGGGGUGGUUACUUCCUGGGCUGGCCAUGUUUAUAUGCUAAGCAACACUUGUUUGCCUAACCCAUUUUGUGAGCCCUUUUGCUUAUUACUGAAAUGGUAGGCAGCAGGUCCACCCAUUCUGUAACAGCUUCUGGGUCAUUCAGGUUAUGUUUGUAUAGGGAUGGAUUGAAGUUGCAUCCACCUGGUAAGAAAGUGUUUUGUUAUUGCACAGUUUCAGUAUUUUUCAGUUCACUGCAUUUUCAUCCGUAUGAGUGUCUGCUUUUUCCAAUUCAUUAAAAUAAAAGCCCUGUUCUAGUAGAAUAUAAAGUGAUCACGAACAGUUUUAAAACUCUGGACCAUGUUCCCCCAAGUUAAGCAAUCAUAAAGUAUAAGUAUGGAGAAAAAAAAUAAGCACUGUUAAACUUUAAAAGAAAACAAAGUUCAUGAAUGAAUAGCUAAGGGUUUGACACGACCAACCACUUAACAAGAAAGGUGAGAGUUUGACUGCAAAUGGUAAUGAUAUUAAAUGGGUGCAUUCUACGGCCAACUUUAUUUCAGUGGCUGAUCUUAAAAGACAAGUCCUUAAAGAACCUUGUAAGACUCACAGCAUGUUUGUUUGACCAGAAAUGAUCUGUAUAGAAAUUGCUCUCCCCGCCCCCCCCCCCCCACUUUUUGGUUCAUAUGGGAUGAUAUAUAGAUUUCUAGAAAAUUGGAAGUUGUAUUCUGUAUCACAAUUCAUCUUUUAUGUUCUGCCUAUGGAAAACGUUCUGGAAUUCGUUUUGUAAAUAUUAACUAUUUAGGUCACUUUUAUUUUGAUUAUCUGAUGUUACAUUGUUGAACAAAUUCUGUUACCAGCUUGUCUUACAGCUCUCAUUCUGUAACAGAAGCAUUUUGCACUUUGAAUGAAAGUUGGCUGGAUAAAAUUCAGCAGUCCGAGAACUGCAUUGUAGUACCACUAAAUGUGCUUUUUGAUGGAAAAUGAAUAAUUUAGAGAGUGUUAAUUAGGUAGUAUGUUAACUUAAGAGAUCAUUUGGGUAUAAUUAAAAUACAAUCAUGAUUAUUUUACACCUCUUAAAGACUAGCAUUUAGACAGUCUAUAAAAUUUAACAUUCCAAGACUACUCUUGCUUUCUGUAACAAUACAUUUUGAGAGGUUUAACUGCACUUGUAGUAUAUAUGAGCGUGUGGUGUUAACAUUGCUGUACUUUAAUUUAUAACUAACUGUUGCUGCUGAACUUUUACUUCAGACAUGCUUUGAUACAGUUUAUAUAAACCGCCAGUGAAGCAAAACCCUUACAAUAUUCUGAGAUGUCAAUGUGCUGUGUAAAGCAUGGGCUAAUCUUUUAGUUUAAUUGGGAAAGCCAUUUUUUGUUGAAUUGAGAAAGUGUCUUUAAGGUAAAAAGAGUUGGACAAAGCUAAAGAGCGUAUUAAAUGCUGUGUAGAAAGAAUCAAA